AUGCAGCAAGCACGGGUGGCUGCGUUGGAGAAGACCAAUCGCGAUCUGAGCUGGCAGGUUGCAAUGCUGACUCGCUCCAGCACAUCACCCAGCAGAGCGCUGAGAGGGAACACCGCUGCAGCCGGCAAAGUGCGGGAUACCUACGGAGUGGCUGACAGUGACAAGCUUGUCAUUGUUACCACCGACCGCCAGUCUGCAUUUGAUCGCCUGCUGGCCUCCAUCCCCUUCAAGGGGCAGGUGCUCAACCUGACGAGUGCUUGGUGGAUGCAGCAGACACAGCAUCUGGCAGCCAACGCUCUGCUGGACGUGCCUGACCCCAAUGUCUCCAUCAUGCAGCGCUGCACUGUCUUCACAGUCGAAUUCGUCGUCCGAGGCUUCCUCACUGGCAGCACUGACACAUCCUUGUGGACGCACUACAAGGCAGGAGAACGCGAAUACUGCGGCAACACCUUUCCUGAUGGCCUGAAGAAGAACGACAGGCUGGCGGUGAAUGUGGUGACGCCCACGACUAAGGCGGCAGACCACGACGUGCCCAUCAGCCCGGCAGAGAUCGUGGUGCAGGGGCUCAUGUCUCAGGAAGACUGGGACACGGUGAGCAACACUGCGCUGGCGCUCUUUGAGUUUGGGCAGGAGGAGGCGGCCAAGAGGGGGCUGCUGCUGGUGGACACCAAGUAUGAGUUUGGCAAGGAUGCCUCUGGCACCAUCCGCCUUGUGGACGAAAUCCACACCCCAGACUCCAGCAGGUACUGGUUGGCUGACACCUAUGAGGCGAGGCAUGCAGCGGGCGAGGAGCCACAGAACAUUGACAAGGAAUUCCUGCGGCUGUGGUUCCGGGAAAACUGCGAUCCUUACAACGACAAGGUCUUGCCAGAAGCACCGGCUGAGCUGGUGAAGGAGUUGUCACGGCGCUACAUUCUGCUGUACGAAAAAAUCACAGGCCAGUGCUUUGAGAUCCCCCCUCUGGGCACAGACCCAAAGCACCGCAUGGCGGAAAAUGUCAGGAAGUCCCUCAAGCGCUUGUGA